AUGAAGAGAGUCCGGGAGGUCGUCUUCCGUUCUCAUACAGGACACCCUGAUCAAGUUCCCUACAUUGUCACUUGGGAGAGUCUAAUCUGCGACCCACCCCCAUGGGUCAGGCCCUUUUUGCCUCCGCAGAAACAGCAGCCAGAGGUAAUCCUGACAGCCUGUGAAAAGACUCCCAGAGAGCAUGACGAAAAAAGGCAAACUGAAACCAAGCCGACCAUGCCACUUUACCCGGUCCUCCAAGGAGGGACCAAGGAAGAUCUCAUCCCCCCCACACACUCUCUCUCUUCUCCCCCAAGGCAGCAGGCAGAAAGAGAGGACCCGGGCCCAGCUGGAGCUGGGGAAGGAGGGCCGGCCCCGGGUGCCGGCAACCAUGGUGGCCCCACCCAGAACACUCGCCACCGGCGUGCUGCCUCGCCAAUGGGCCCAGCAGACUCUACUCACGCCAAAUUCUCCGAUAACCCUAGGGAUUUGAUUAACCUAUUAGAAACUGUUUUGUUUACUCAUCAUCCCACUUGGGAUGAUUGUCAGCAGCUCCUCCAGAUCCUGUUUACAACAGAGGAGCACGAAAGAAUCCAGAACGAGGCCAGGAAAUUGGUUCCUGGCGACAAUGGUCAACCCACCACCAAUGUUGACACUAUCAACAUUUCUUUUCCUUUGUCUCGGCCCGAUUGGGACUUCAACACAGCAGAAGGUAAGGAGAGACUCCGGGUCUAUCACCAGGCUCUGUUGGGAGGUCUCAAAGCGGCAGCUCGCAAGCCCACCAAUUUGGCCAAGGUAGGAGAUAUACAGCAGGGGCCGAACGAAAGCCCUGCAGCCUUCCUAGAGAGAAUUCAGGAAGCCUUCCAUAGGUAUACUCCUAUGGACCCAGAAGCAACUGAGACAAAGGCAGCUGUAAUAAUGCAUUUUGUCAACCAGGUGGCACCAGAUAUUAGGAGAAAGUUACAGAAAGUAGACAGGUUAGGAGAGAAGAAUAUUCAGGACUUAGUGGCAGUGGCGGAGAGGGUAUAUAACAACAGGGAAACCGCAGAGGAGAAACAGAUAAAAGCAGAUGACUGCCAGACCCAAAACUUGGCUCAAAUUCUUCUGGCCACCACUGUGGGAGAGCUGAGGGAAUGUGAACGUCAUUUAAAAAAGAUUGCAACAGAAGGACAAGGUAAGGGGGGACAUAGGGAUUGCCCCCAAUUAGGAAAGAACCAGUGUGCUUAUGGCAAAGAGGAAGGCCACUGGGCUAAAGAGUGCCCCAAAAGGCCACAGGGGGCCCACCCAAAGGCCUCUGUCCUGGCCAUGGACGAACUAAGUGACUAGGGGGGAUGGGGCUCGGUGCCCCUCCCCGAGCCCAGGAUAACCCUUAAAGUGGAGGGGGAGCCCAUUGAGUUCCUGGUAGAUACCGGCGCUCAACAUUCAGUUCUGCUUAAACCACAUGGUCAUGUUUCUGACAAAACUUCCUGGGUUCAAGGAGACACAGGCAUGAAAAAAUAUUCAUGGACUACCCAAAGAAUGGUGGACUUGGGAGUGGGCUGGGUAACCCACUCAUUUAUGAUUAUACCCGAAUGCCCCUACCCUUUACUUGGAAGAGACUUGCUUACUAAAUUAGGAGCCCAAAUCCAUUUUCAGCCUGGGGUGCAAGAGAGAAACCCCAUCCAAGUGUUAACUAUGAGCCUUGAGGACAAAUAUCUGCUAUAUCAGAAGCAGUCCCCUCCUGAUCCUGACGUGGAACAAUGGCUUGCCAUGUUCCCGCGAGCAUGGGCUGAGACUGGGGGCAUGGGGCUGGCCACACACAGGACACCUGUGUUUGUAGAGAUAAAGCCAGAAGUGGACCCUGCACGAGUUCGCCAAUAUCCCAUGUCCCUAGAGGCCCGUGAAGAGAUAACUCCGCACAUCAGAAAGUUGCUGACUCAGGGUAUUCUGAGGCCCUGCCAAUCGGCCUGGAACAUCCCCUUGUUGCCGGUGCAGAAACCUCACUCAAAUGACUAUCGACCAGUACAGGACCUCUGUGAGGUGAACAAGAGGGUCAUAGAUAUCCACCCUAUGGUGCCUAAUCCAUACACCCUUCUGAGCUCACUUCCCCUGAGCCAUCAAUGGUACACAGUCUUAGACCUCAAAGAUGCUUUCUUUAGCCUUCUGCUGGCACCUAGAAGCCAGCAUAUCUUUGCAUUUGAAUGGAGUGACCCAGAACAAGGCUUCAACGGACAGUUGACCUGGACCCGGUUACCUCAGGGGUUCAAAAGUUCUCCCACCAUCUUCGAUGAGGCCCUGCAUGAGGACCUGGGUGAGUUCCGCCUCCAAAACCCCCAAUUGACUCUGUUACAAUAUGUAGAUGAUCUCCUCAUAGCAGCUGAGACACAGGAAGACUGCUUAGAUGGAACCAAGAAACUCUUAACAGUCAUAGGGGAACUGGGAUACCAGGCGUCUGCCAAAAAGGCCUAAAUCUGUAAACCUGAGGUAAGCUACCUGGGGUAUAUGCUUAAAAAGGGGCAAAGAUGGCUGUCAGAUGCUAGAAAAGAGACAGUUCUUAAGAUGCCCGCACCAGAUUCCCCUUGAAAGGUUAGAGAAUUCUUGGGAUCAGCUGGCUUCUGCUGCUUAUGGAUACCGGGGUUCGCGGAGCUUGUGAGGCCCCUUUAUGAGGCAACUAAAGACAAUCAGGCCUUUCAAUGGACAGAUAAACUACAAAAGUCUUUUGACCAAAUUAAGGCUGCCUUGUUGUCAGCACCAGCCUUGGGCUUGCCCGAUGUUACUAAGCCCUUCCACCUCUACAUUGAUGAGAACAAGGGAGUUGCCAAGGGCAUCGUAGUCCAAUACCUAGGGCCAUGGCACCAUCCAGUGGCAUACCUAUCAAAAAAACUCAAUCCAGUUGCGUCCAGAUGGCCCCCAUGUUUAAGGAUGAUCUCGGCAGUGGCCCUGAUGGUCAAAGAUGCUGACAAGUUAACACUGGGCCAAGAACUGUACAUGACCACCCCCCACGCUAUUGAGGGAGUCCUAAAACAGCCUCCGGAUCGAUGGCUCAGUAAUGCCCUCCUGACCCACUACCAGGGCUUACUUCUAAACCCAACCUGAGUUGUUUUUCAGACCCCAGCUGCCUUAAAUCCAGCUACACUGUUGCCAGACCCGGACUUAGAAACUCCACUCCACAACUGUGCUGAUAUCCUGGCUCAGGUACAUGGGACUCGAGCUGAUCUGAGAGACCAGCCAUGGCCAGAUGCUGAAAAUACCUGGUAUACUGAUGGGAGCAGCUUUGUUCAGGAUGGCCACAGGUACGCCGGGGCAGCUGUGGUGAUGGAAACUGAGGUCAUUUGGGCAGAACCAUUGCCCACUGGGACCUCAGCACAAUGGGCGGAGCUCAUAGCUCUGACCAAAGCAUUGACUCUAGGGAAGGGCCAAAAGUUAAACAUAUAUACAGACAGCCGGUACACCUUUGCCACCGCACACAUCCAUGGGGCCAUCUACAGGGAGAGAGGACUAUUGACAGCCGAGGGGAGGACUAUCAAAAACAAAGAGGAGAUCCUUGCCCUUUUGACGGCCCUCUGGCUACCAAAGAAAUUGGCCAUUAUUCAUUGCCUAGGACACCAAAAAAGUGACACUCCGGUUGCUAGAGGAAAUAACCUAGGUGAUCAGACAGCCUGAAAAGUAGGCCUAGAGGCUAAUUUAACCUUAACCAAUCAGCUGCCUGAUCCAGGAAGUGCUGCCUUGCCAGAAAAACCCCAGUAUACUGAAGAAGAUUUAAAGUGGGUAAAACAAUUACCUAUGCCCCGGUGCCUCAACAGGUGGUGGAAAUCCUCUGAUUGUAAAGUCAUCCUGCCUGAAGCACUGGGAGAACAAGUUCUCUCCAAAAUGCACCAGGGCACCCACAUGGGCACUCGAAAGAUGCAAGACCUCCUGAGACAUGCUGAAAUAAAGGUUCGAGAUGCUAACUCCAAAAUUGAGCAUAUCGUUGCCACCUGCAAAGCCUGUCAAUUGACAAAUGCUACCCACUAUAAAACCAACCCAGGCAACAGGCUGAGAGGGAACCGGCCUGGAGCAUACUGGGAAUUGGACUUCACUGAGGUAAAACCUGGAAGGUAUGGUUAUAAGUACCUACUAGUUUUUGUAGACACUUUUUCAGGAUGGACAGAAGCUUUUCCUACCAAACAUGAGACAGCAUGAAUUGUGGUCAAGAAGAUGUUAGAAGACAUCUUGCCAAGCCUUCAGCGUGUUCAUGAAGACAUCUGGCCUAAACUGAAAGCUCUGUAUGAGUCUGGACCACCUCCUGAGACUCAUUGCUACCGACCAGGAGACUGGGUCUUUGUCUGGCGACAUCAGCAGAAGGACCUUGAGCCUCUGUUGGGGAGACAGAACCCACAUGCUCCCCUGAAUUUAUCUUGGAUGAUCAUUAGUACAUCCACGGGUGACAUUGUCAACAGUACAUCUAAAGUGACGCCACCGCUGACCUGGUGGCCCACCCUGGACUUUGAUCUGUGUCGACUCGCUGCAGGGACCUGGACCAUCGGAGACUGGGAAAUCGGACCCCAGGUGGUCCACGCACAGGAUUCCUCUAUAACCCAGUUAGACUUUCAUUUACUGACCAAGGUAAAAGAUAUACCAGAUGGGAAUCGGGCCGAACAUGGGGACUCCGCCUAUAUCAGGAUGGUCAUGACAAUGGGCUAUUGUUCACUGCCUCACCCAGCGGCCGCCACCUCUAGGCCGGGCAGGAAGGUGUCUGAUGUUGACCAGAGGCGCGAGCCGGGCUCCGGCUCCGAAUCCAGGUCUGCUGCCUCCAUAGCCCAGGCUGCAGCACCCGGGCUCCCGGUGCCUGCGAGCCCCCCCCCCCGCCCCCACACUGACCCUCUGAGCCAGUGGAGGAGCCUGGGCGGCAAGAAGCUGUCGGGGGCAGCGCGCUGA